AUAAUAAUAUUUUAUAAUAUAAUACUUGUGCUAGAAGAAAGACUCUCCUAGGUUGUUAGAACCAUAGUCUGCAUUAAAUUCCAUAGGAUUGCGCCGUCUGCUACAUUAAUCAAAACUCUUCACAUCACACACAAUCUCAACUAGUUUUAGCUCAUCUUGUUUAUCAUUAAUAAUAAUAACUCCUUUUUUUUUUUUUUAAUUAACAGAUAGAUAAGAUCAUAAAUAGGUAUUAGAUAUAAACAUCAAAUAGAUCAUAAACUCACUUGUUCUCACCUUCAAAACCCACUCCAAAACCAACAAUCACAUCCUCAAUCAAAGCUAAGGGAUAAACUUUUCUUCUUCUUCUUUUCAUGAUUUGUUUUUUUUUGGUUGAUUAGUACUUUUAAAGAGUUGAAUUUAAGACAUGGGUUUGAGUUCUAAACAGGUUAUUUCUAGCAGUGGACUUGAUUGGAAACAAACCUUAUUAGAAUCUCAAGAUUUGGAACUUCCAAAGCCUCAUCAUCUAAUGAGAAAACAACAACAGCAACAAAGUCAGCAACAAGCAGAACAUUUGAAUUGUCCAAGAUGUGAUUCAACAAACACAAAGUUUUGUUACUACAACAAUUACAACAAGUCUCAACCUCGUCACUUCUGUAGAGCUUGUAAAAGACACUGGACUAAAGGUGGAACUCUACGCAAUGUUCCUGUUGGUGGUGGCAGAAAGAAUAAGAGGAUCAAGAAACCAACCACACCAGUUACUUCUUCCACCACCAUAACUACUACUAGUACUACUUGCACCACCUCUAUUACAAAUAUGAAUAGCAACAUGGCAAUUCAAACUCCUCUUCAAGUUGGUGAUCACAAAAGCAUUCCUUCAUCUCUAUAUCAAGCUCUAAUUCAUCCACCAUCUUUGCUUCUACAACAGAAUAUGAUGAAUAACUUAUCAGAAAACAAAGAUUUUGGUAUUGGUAAUGGUAAUGGUAAUGUUAAUGUUAAUGGCAUGUUUACUAGUACUAGUUCAACUUUGCACCUUCCUCAUCAAAAUCAAACCAUGCUCUUUCCCUUUUCAACCUCAAGCUCUUUUGACACAACUACUUGUUCAUCAUCCAAUGUUUAUUACUAUGGAGAGGAUUUUAAAACAAUAGAGGAACCAAUAAUUCCAAGCACUGGCUGCACUAACACAAAGCCAUGGGAGAUACCAGCAGCAUCAACAAGUGGUGGCAUGGAAAGUUCAAAGUAUUGGAAUUGGGAAGACAUUGAUUCAUUGGUUUCAACUGAUCUAAAGAAUCCUUAUUGGGAUGAUUCUGAUAUCAAACCUUGAUACCAAAAAAACAAGAAGAAAAAGUAACGCCAACAUGUGCUAGUUUACUGUUAUUGUCCAUAGAUGAUUAAUUAGCCUAUUUAAUUUAAUUGGGGUGUAUUUAUGUGUUUUUUUCAUACAGAUGAUUAAGUAAGUGUUCUUGUUAAUUUUCCAGAUGAGGCAUGUUAAUUGUUUUGUGCUGGUUUUUUCUGCAUAUGUAAUUUCUUACUAAACAACAAUAUUUGGAUUGAAGCUGUCAUGUUUUAGUUUCAGCUUCAAGUUCAAGCAAAGGGUCCCAAUUAGCUGUAAUCCACUCAAUUUGCCUCUUUGUUUAUCUCUCUAUUAUUUUCUAUUAUCACUAAUAAAUUGGUUUUGUUAGUGUAUGCAA